GAUGUAAAAUGGGUGUAUAGAUCUUACACUAUCGCUAACUUGGGAAAUUGCUUAUCCCUUUGAACGAAUAAAUGAGUUAAUAAAUCUAACUGUUACACAACUCGAAACAUUAGUUAAACAUCAGAAAAAAAGAGAAAGAGAGAAUCAUAAUACAUACAACCAUCCCUCUCAUAACGAGUUCCCCUUUUAACAAGUGUUUCGCCUAACGAGCGCAAACCGAAAUGCUAUGAGCAUAAACACACUUUCGAAGAGCAAAAUCUCGCAUAACGAGCAGUUGGGCUCUCUGAACAACAUUUUAUGCUUUGUUUUUUGCUGCUGCUGCUAAGUUCCGUCGUUGAGACAGGCAAACAAUCGGUUUGCAGAAGAAGUUCGGUUACGUUGUGCGGUCGCAUAUCAUGUUAGUGCCAUCAUUCGUGCAGUGAGCAUCGUUUCUUCGAUUUUUGAGAGUUUGAUUUUUGAAAUAAAUAAAAAAAAACAUGCCAAAGCUAAAUAAAGAAACGGGCAAAUUCACAAGAAUUAAAAUACCGAUUGAAAUGAAAAAGCAAAUCAUCGAAAAACGUGAAAAUGGUGUGAGCGUCAUUAAACUAGCGCGUGAGUACAACCGUACUACGUCCACCAUUUGCAGCAUUCUUAAAGAUAAGGAAAAGCUAAAGGCGCUCACUGUGUCGAAAGGAGUAUCGCGACGAUCGGAGAAACGGUCGCAAGUUAUUGACGAUGUCGAACGGUUGCUUCUAAUUUGGAUCAAUGAAAAGCAACAGCAAGGCGGUAACAUUACGCAGUGCAGCAUCUGCGAAAAGGCGAAACGUAUAUUCAACGAUAUUGUCGAAGAUUUGCCUUCGUCAUCAACAUCCACGGAGGUGUUCAAAGCAAGCAAUGGGUGGUUCGAGAGGUUUAAGAAAAGGACCGGAAUUUACAACGUUAUUCGACAUGGUGAAGGUGCUGGUGGAUCGAACGUGAAAGCUGCCAACGAUUUCGUCAAAAUAUUCAAUGAUUUAGUACAUACAGGAGGAUAUUUACCGCAGCAGAUUUUCAGCUGUAACGAAACUGGUUUGUUUUGGAAAAAAAUUUCCAAUAUCGCAUGCCUAACGGCUGAACAAAAGCAUCCUCAACAUCCUAAGUCCAUGAAAGACCGUUUAACGCUGUUACUUUGUGCCAAUGCGAGUGGAGAUUUGAAGAUCAAACCAUUACUCGUUGAUCAGUCCGAUAAUUCCAAACCGUUUAAAUCUAAUAAAGUCCAAAAUCUGCCGUUAAACGUGAUGUGGAGAUCGAGAAAAAAGGCAUUGAUAACGCGAGACACUUUCGUUGACUGGAUACGGCAUACUUUUUGUCCUAGUGUGAAAACAUAUUUGCUGGAAAACAAUCUACCACUGCACGCUUUGCUCGUUAUGGAUAAUGCACCUUGCCAUCCACAAAACCUCCAAGACCUGCUGCCGGAAGAAUUUAAGUUCAUUAGGGUACAGUUUCUUCCCUGUACUGCGACUCCGCUGCUUCAACCUAUCGAUCACCAAGUCAAAAGCAAUUUCAAAAAGUUAUACAUGAAAGAACUUUUUCAACAUUGUUUCGAUGCUACGGAAGGAACGAGUCUUUCGUUGGAAGAAUUUUGGAAACAUCAUUUUCACGUUGUUACCUGUAUUAAAAUCAUUGGCAAAGCUUGGAAUGGAGUUACGGCGAGAACGUUAAAUGCUGGUUGGAAGAAGCUUUGGACCGAUGUGGAAUGUUCAGAAUCAGCUCAUAUCAGCACCAGCAGAGAACCAACUGUUGAUGAGCUUGUAUCACUGGCCAGUUGUUUAGGGUUGGACAUUGAAAACAAAGACAUCGAAGAUCUCCUAGCGGAACAUCUGGAAGAUCCAUCCACGGAAGAGCUUAAAGAGUUACAGAAAGCCGAGGGCCAAGAAAUAGCUUCCGAAGUAGUGGAAAAACGAAGCCCACCAUCAACCGAAGACAUUCUGCAGGUGUUGCAAGCUUGGGAUACGGUUAGCUCCUACGUUAUCCAACAUCAUCCGGACGAAGCAGUGGCUCUACAGCUGAAUGACGCUUACGAGGCAAAUGCUAUUUCCCAUUUUCGGUGCAUAUUACAACAACGACAAAAUUUAUUCACUAAUCCUAAAUCUUAAAGUAAAAUAAUUGUAAAUUACAGACAUAAUAAACAACGCAAGUUGAAUUAUUACGAGCAUUAUUUCUGUGUGGGCGACGGAUUGUAUCACAUUUCACAUAAUAUUUAUUCCCGAACAAAAAACCGGAACAGUUGGUCAAGGCUCGUGAGUGAUGGUAGACGUAAGAGCAAGGUCAUAUGAACCAUCACUUACUCAUUUUACGUUCAAAGGAAUUUACUUCUCCCUCUAUUAUCCUACAUCUCUCUUUAGGGCUUCUAAAAAAAUCAACUUUAAACACAGUUAAAUCUCUUUGUUUAUAACAUAUUGUAGCCAUGAUUGUGUUAAAGAACUACCCACUAAAAAUUAAAAAAUAUAGCAAAAGUAAAGAGUAAAGAUGAUGGAUGUUAGUUGAUUCAAAAUAAAUUACGCAACAAGAUCUCAUUUUUAAAUGAUCUAACGUAUCAAAAAAAAGGAUAUUUUUCAAAAAGAAUAUUCCACCUCUACCACAUCGGUCAUCGAAUCAAACGACACAUUUUCUCCAGCUACAGCAAAAGAAAAAUAAUCGAUAAAAAGGAAAGGAUCUGGUCUCUAAAGUUCGUUGAAUCUCGCACACAGCGAAGAUAUGCUUUUGGUAGCUGAAAGCUUCACCAAAGAACACGAACCAGACCCAUCUGCCGAUAGCAAUCGAUAAUCCAAAAACUCGGUUGGAUGUUUCCCAACUCGGCGCAUCGGAGAAGCGAUAACAUCCAUCACAGCAAGGCACACAGGCUCUACCUCUAACUAGGCAGACUACACCCCAUAAAAGACCCCUAGAUUAAGCUCCGUUCCACUAUGCACAGAAGCUUCGGUGUACGGCAGAGCUAACCUGCGAUAGAAACACCAACGAACGAAGAUCUCCACCCAUUCCCAU